AUGACUCCGAAAACCUUUAGCGAGGACUUCCCACGGUGUCUUACAAUGUACCUGGUAUUGGGAAACUCACAGAAGGAAUAUGACAAAGAAGUUGUCAAAUACAGUAUAAAGAAUCAACUUAGAUUUAAAGGAAACCUAGUGAAAACAAUCAGAAAAGAUGAGCGCAAAUAUUACGAGCAGCUCCUCCAGUACAGUCGGGAUCACCUCAUGUUGUUUCCAUAUCACUUGUCAGAUGUCAUUGUUAAAGGACUGCGGAUGACACCAUUUGCUUAUUAUAUCAGUAUAAUGACAGAUAUAAUGACCCAGGAGAAAAGCUAUGACUCACUGCCAAACUUUACUGCUGCAGACUGCCUCCGACUCUUAGGCAUUGGAAGAAACCAGUACAUUGAGCUUAUGAAUCAAUGCAGAUCUUCAAAAAAAUUCUUCAGAAAAAAAUCUGCAAAGGAUUUGGUGCCUUUGCAGCCUAUAGACAUCAACAUUGAACCUUGGUGGACUGUUCAGGCAGGGUACAUCACUGAGGAAGAUGUUAAAACUUGUUCACAGGUAAUGAAGGAAGCUAUAGAUUUUAUCAUAGAUGGUGGAGGCCAGCAGGCAGGAACCAUGGAAUGUAAAACCAUUCACAAACUAUAUAAAAAGGGUCUUAUUUAUUUAGACUGCCCAAUUGCAGAUGAUGAUUGUUUUAUAGUCCCACCAUUGGAAGGAUUUGUUAUGAACAGGGUGCUAGGAGACUACCUUGAGACCUUGCUGUACAAGAUAUUUGUGUCUAUUGAUGAGCAUACCAGUGUAGCAGAGCUGGCCAAUGUACUUCAGAUAGAUUUACCACUAGUGAAA